AUGUCAUUUCUCCUGUGGGGUCCUCACAGCUCCCCCUGGGUGCUGUUGAGGCACAUCAGAGAGCAUCACUUCACUGAAAAUUCAUUCAAGACAUUUUUCCAGGAUCUCUGGUGGGUGCUCUUUGGAAUAAUCCUACUUUGUUCCCCUGCACAUUGCUCUGUCUUUAAAAUUGGACUGUUUGGACCCUGGAACUGUGACCCCUUCUUUUCCAAAGCAUUUCCCCAUGUGGCUGCCAGGUUAGCUGUGGGACGAAUAAGCAGAGACCCUUCACUAGAUCUUGGCCACCGGUUGGAUUAUGUGAUCCUGCAAGAAGAAUGUGAGACUCCAAGAGCUCUGGUUAGAUUUGUUGAUUUUGAAAAACUUUCCUCAGCUUUUAUAGGCCCUCUAAACCCUGGAUUCUGUGAGGUGGCUGCACAUUUAGGGAAAAACUGGGAUAAAGCUAUCUUCUCAUGGAUGUGCAUCAAUUAUAAGCUGGAUUCCACCAUCCGCCAUAAUGCAUUUGCAAGAACUCUGCCCUCUCCAACCCAAAUUUUGCUUACAAUAAUGAAAUAUUUUAAGUGGGCUCAUGUUGGCAUCAUUGCAUCCACUGAUGAUAUUUGGAUGUACACAGCCAAGGAGUCAGCAACUGCCCUCAGGAAUCACGGGCUACCUGUAGGCAUUGUUACAUCCGUGCAUAAGGGAGAAAAAGGCAUUGAAGACACCUGGAAUGAGAUUAAAAAAGUUAAUAACAUUAAAAUUAUACUCCUGUGCAUGCAUUCUGUUCUCAUCGGAGGGCAGGAACAGGCAGCCUUACUCACAAAAGCUCUGGAAAUGGGACUAGCAGAUGGAAGAUACAUCUUUGUUCCCUAUGACACUUUGCUGUACAGUCUUCCUUACCAAAACAACUCAUUCAGUGUCUUUGAUAAUGACAGCAAGCUCCGGGAGGCUUAUGAUGCUGUGCUGACCAUCACGCUGGAGUCUGGAGAAAGGACUUUCUAUGACGCAUUCAGGGAAGCUAAAGAAAGUGGUGAAAUUAUCAGGGACUUGGAAGCCACACAGGUUUCUCCACUUUUUGGAACAAUCUAUGAUGCCAUUUACUUCAUGGCAAUGGCUAUGGACAGUGCACGGAAGAAAGGAGUCAGGGCCUCAGGAGCCAACAUAGCUGAGUACACAAAAAACUUCAGCUUCCCUGGAUUUAGUCACCAGGUAGAGACAGACAGCUGUGGGAAGGGGCUGAACAACUAUGUGAUACUGGAUACAGAUGGUCAUGGGAACCAGCUUUUCCCAACCCACCUGCUGGACAUGUCUUCAGGCUCUGUGCUGCCCCUAGGCCAGGCCAUCCACUUUCCCAAUGAAGUUCCACCCAAACCAGACUCCAGCUGUUGGUUUGAUCCAGAUGUUCUCUGCACUGAAGGGAUUGAGCCUGCAGUAAUUUUCUUGGGAGUAAUGCUUUUAUUUGUCCUGGUGUUGUGUGCUGUGGGCCUGGCUUCUCUCAUCAGGCAGAGUAUCUUGAACAACCAGCUUUUCAGGGGUCCGAACAAGAUCAUACUGACCUUGGAUGACCUUGUCUUCAUCAACCCAGAGCUACAUAGAAAGAGGCUGACCUUGGACAGUCUGACUGAUACAAACAGCAUAGCAGCCAAGAACAGAAGCCUGAUAUCCGUAACCCGCUCCGCUUCCUUGAAAAGCACAGUUGCCACCCAUGAAACCUCCAAUGUGGCUUUGUAUGAGGGAGACCAGGUGUGGCUGAAAAAAUUUGAGACAGGAGCAGUUCACAAUCUGAGGCAAAGCUCCACCAACAUCUUAAGGAAGAUGAAGGAUCUGCGUCAUGAAAAUGUGAAUCUGUUCCUGGGCUUUUUCUCAGACUGUGGCAUCUUUGCCAUCGUGACUGAGUACUGCUCACGAGGCAGCUUGGAGGACUUGCUGAGAAAUGAGGAUAUGAAACUGGACUGGAUGUUCAAGUCCUCUCUUGUGAUGGAUCUAAUUAAAGGAAUCAGAUAUUUGCAUCACCGAGAUUUUGCCCAUGGACGUCUCAAGUCUCGUAACUGUGUUGUGGAUGGUCGGUUUGUUCUGAAGAUCACUGACUAUGGUUACAAUGAGAUCUUAGAGGCACAGAAAUGCCCCUAUAUUCAGCCAUCCCCAGAAGAAUUGCUCUGGACAGCUCCUGAGUUACUGAGGGACCCAGAUAUGCGCAGAAAAGGCACAAUCAAAGGGGACAUUUACAGCUUUGCAAUCAUCCUACAAGAAGUGGUUGCUCGGGGUCCACCUUACUGCACAUCAGAACUCUCAGCUGAAGAAAUUAUAAAGAAAGUGAAGAAGCCCCCUCCCCUGUGUCGCCCAAACAUAGCUCCUGAGGUAGCCCCCCUGACAUGCAUCCAGGUAAUGAAGCAAUGCUGGGCUGAAGCCCCUGAACGACGUCCAACCUUUGAGGAGGUAUUUCAUAAGUUCAAAACCAUCAACAAAGGGAAAAAGACCAAUAUCAUUGACUCAAUGCUCAGGAUGCUUGAGCAGUACUCAAGCAACCUGGAAGAUUUAAUCAGCGAGCGGACUGAAGAGCUAGAGGUUGAAAAACAGAAGACAGAAAAACUGCUGUCACAAAUGCUUCCACCUUCAGUGGCAGAAGCCCUCAAGACUGGUGGCACUGUGGAACCGGAGUAUUUUGACCAGGUGACCAUCUACUUCAAUGACAUUGUGGGCUUCACAUCCAUUUCAGCCCUCAGUGAACCCAUUGAAGUAGUUGACCUUCUGAAUGACCUUUACUCUCUGUUUGAUGCUGUUCUUGGAAACCAUGAUGUUUACAAGGUGGAGACAAUUGGUGAUGCCUACAUGGUUGCCUCAGGGCUCCCAAAACGGAAUGGAAACAAGCAUGCAGCUGAAAUUGCCAACAUGUCCUUGGACAUCCUCAGCUCUGUGGGAACAUUCAAAAUGAGGCACAUGCCAGACAUUCCUCUCAGGAUACGAAUUGGGCUGCACACAGGGCCUUGUGUGGCAGGCGUGGUGGGGCUGACGAUGCCCCGGUACUGCCUCUUCGGGGACACGGUGAACACGGCAUCAAGAAUGGAAUCCACUGGCCUGCCUUACAGAAUUCAUGUCAGCCAAAGUACAGUAGAUAUACUUCGGAAUCUGAAUGAAGGCUAUGAAAUCAUACCCAGGGGAAAAACAGAACUGAGGGGUAAAGGAGUAGAAGAAACAUAUUGGCUGGUUGGGAAAAAAGGCUUCCAGAAGCCCUUACCUAAACCUCCUGAAAUAAAACCAGGCCACAACUGGCCGGAUGUACUGACCAGGAAAUUGAAAUCUGUCCUGAGGGACACAAAGCGGACACUAAGAAAAGCAAACUUUAAAGAGCUGGGAAGCAUGAAGGAGGCUGGAAUAAGCUUUGGAGAGGAUGAAAUCUGA